AUAUAUGCACUUAUACACAUAAAUUAAAACAAACACACAAGAAAAGGGCAAGAACACAUACAUACAGACGCACAAAAAAUUACACCCACGCAGAAAAGACAUAAGUAUUCAAAAUUAGAUCAAAAAUAUCAUGCCCAUUCAGUUAACCUCACCAUGUUCAAGCAUAUUAAAAAAUAUAUACACAUUCCUCACACACACAUGUACAUAUAUAAAUACAUAGGAACACUCAUAUAUUUGUACAUACUUAUUAUCAUAUAUCCGUAUACAUUUAUAAACGCAUGCUCUGUAUAACAUAUCACCUAUGAAACAUUAAAAUAAGCCACACACUAACCACAUUGCGACCUUUGUGUGGCUUCAUCGAUUUCAUAACACCCAACAUACAUAUUGAAAAAAACUUUGGUGAUUCUCCUUAUGAAUGUGUGCGCGCAUUCCGUGCGUGACGUGUGUGCGUGUAGAGCGUGUAAGGAUUGUACGUAGGAUUGUAUGUAUUUGUUUGCACGGUUGCGUAUCCAUUUGCGUAUACAGUACGGGUCUAUGCCGGGACGUCUGUGAUAUCUGUAUGCACGAGCAACGAAAAUGUGCGCGCGUGUGUAUGCGACGGUGUUCUUACGCCAAGUCACUUAAAUUUGGAAAUUUUACAAAGGAAUCAUUCCCAGGCUUUUCACCACCACCGGAUCUUGGUUGAUUAAAAAAAAAGAAAAAAUUCUAUUGAGCCGCAACUAGCGGCACCUUUGUGGAUUACCUUUGAUGUUUUUACCUUGAAGAGGGUGAAAAGCCUCUAUGAAACGGGUUACCUUUAUUUCAAGGACUACAUUCGGAUUCUAAUCCCGGUAACAGCAAAGGAAUAUCAAGUGAAAAGAAAACGAAACACAAAUCACCACCACAAAGAAGUUCAAUAUCAGUGCAAACCAAAGCAAUACCAAUAUCAAACGAACCAAGCUAGAUUAAAGUCAAUCAAAACAAACCAGAUAUAUUUGACAAAAUUUCUGUAUAAGGAUACUUUACUGUUAGCGGCUUUGAUGUCUUCCCUCAGUGGAUAUUACGGGAUUUUCAGCGCUUAUCCUUAUAUGGAAGCAGACAUAUGCAGAGACUUCGUACUGGAAAUACAUGGGCACUGUAAAGAAAAAAUCACCUGGAUUCGACAUCAAAUACAACAAAUAGAUAUACUUCGGAAUUUCCAUACUCAUUCCGGAAUAAGACUUCAUCCAGUAUAUUUACAAAACACAAACCACACAAUUCCAUGACACGUACUAGAUGCACAAGAGCUCUCUUAAAUCUAAAUUUCUUCCUUCUAAUAUCACUUCUACUUAAACACCUUAAACUAGGUUCAUAGAAAUUAUUGUGGUUGUUAAUGUUGUAGUUAUAAAUGUUUAUACUCUAUUAUAUUAAUUUUUCUUCGCCCGAUUCCAGAAGGCAACAAUUCAAAUUUCAUCUAAGUAACGUAGUACCAAGUCACUUACAAGUUGCCCUUUCCUCUUGAAAUAAAUAGUCAACGAACGAAGUUUAUUAACCAUCAAGAUAUCAUCCAUCAAGCUAAGAACAAACCAAUUAGCCUAUGAAUGUUUUGAGACAACCAAGAAGCCUACCAGUCAAGAAAUUAACUAACCAACAAAUCAACCAAUAAACCAACCAAUCAACUAACUAACUAAUCAAUCAACCAACCAAUCAACCAAUCAACCAAUCAACUAACCAACCAACCAACCAACCAACCAACCAACCAACCAGCCAACCAAGAAUCCAUCAAUCGAGGAACCAAGUUUACCCUUCUACUUACUUAGCUUUCCACCAACCUGCCUACUUACCUACUCUCCCCACUAAUGGCCAGUUUAUCUUAACGCUAUCUCCUUCAUAUAAUCUCCACCAAAAGCUAUCGUAAAACGAAGUACACAGAAAACUCUAAGCAAAAUUAAUACUACUCUUAUAUCAACUUACCCGCAAUGUCCUCUCCCAUCCCGCCUGGUGAUAGGAAGAAUAGUGCCAUCAGGGUAAGUGCAAUAAGGGCGUUGGUAGCUGAGACUUUGAUAUUAGCGAAAACCCAUGGCUACGCGGAUAAGAUUGAAAAUGAGUUGGAAGAAGAAUUGCGUCGUGACAGUAAGGGGCCCCCAAAAGAAAUUUCGGCGAGAUUACGUCGAAAAGGAGAGAUGUUUUUCCAUAGCCGCUUUGUGAUUUUAACCGUUGUUAUUUUGUGCGUUCUUGACUGCGCCUUGGUCCUGGGAGAACUUAUUUUGGACUUGCACAGUGUUAGAGACACGCUGCAAGAAACAGAAAAACUUAGUGAUUCAUUUAUAAAUAAACUCAGGAAAAAAUACCCAGCAGACAUGGAAGGCAUGCAGGAGCACUUGAUCUAUGUUUAUGAAAAAGUUCUAGACUCCGUAAUGACGUGGCCCAAGAAUAGCUCGGUGCCCAACACAACCCGUCCAAUACACCGCUCGCGACGUGCAGCCGACGUCGACCCUAUAAUGGAAAAGUGGAAUGUUCAUGUGCGGUUACCCGGCUCUCAUACGCUCGAAGAAGAGAUAGGGCACGCCUUCCAUUUGGCCAGUAUCUCCAUACUUGCAGUCUUAGUCGCUGGUACGUUAUUAAAAAUGAUAUGUUUCGGCACAAGAUUUUUUAAAGGAAAAUUGGAGGUAUUUGAUGCCGCUAUCCUGAUAGUUUCCUUCAUUGUAGAUCUUAUAUUCGUAAAUGGCCUUCCAAGAUAUAAGAUAGAGGAGUUUGUCUUCAUUCUAGCCUUCCUGUUACCCUGGAGAGUUAUUCGUGUAGUGAACAGUCUUGUAGUAGCUGUCAAAGAUCACGAACACUUUCGCCUCAAACUAGUGUACAGUCGUAAAAAGAAAAUUUUAGCCGUAUUAAAACAAAAAGAAUUAAAAUUAGAUUUAUUCCAAACUCAAAUUGAUAGUUUACGAAAAUUAUGUGUAUCACAUGGAAUAACUGACAGUCAAAUUAACCAGUGCCUCUAUCAAGAAGAACCUAAAGUCAAGUCUAUAAACAAGGGAUUGGUUCCUGCGAUACAAAGUACUCUCAGUGGAAAAUUUCAAAAAAAGAAAAAAGAAAAAAAAGAAGGAGAAGUUGCGAGUUUAGCUGCCGGAUUUUCUACAUGCUAUUUGCCAAUUCUGGCCACAACUCAAGUUGGAGUUGAACCGAAAAGCAGCAAGAAAACUCGCUUGAAGGCGUUCAGCAGUUCCUUAGAUACACCGAAUAGCCGGAAAGCAUCCAAAGAGUCAGUUUCGACAUUGAUUCGGGAAAACCACAAGCCUCAACCCGACGUACAGGUCGGAAUUGAAGAGGACCAGAAGAGCCCGGAUAGUGUGAUUUGUAAUGAUCUUGAGGACAUUGAAAGUAACAGCAGUCAAUCCAGACCAUAAUAUCAGCAAUAUGUUGAUGGCAACGUCUGCUUGUGCGCAAUCAAAAAACACGCUAAACUAGUGAAACUAGUGCAAGCAAUAGAGACUAAAAUAAUAUUCGCCCUGUUCUGCUGAGCACUAGUUAUUACUUUUUAUAUUUUUUUCAUUCAUUGUUUUUUUUAUAUAUAAAUGUAUAUUA